AUGCGUCUGAGGAGGCUUACUCGGAUAUUAUGCCGCGAGACAAUACCUCGACCAAGGCGGCAGGGGACGAGGCGGGCCCUGAUUGUCAGCAAGUUGCGGAGACUAUUGUGUGCGCCACAUUUCCUGCUGGACCCACUGUGCCUUCCGCAUCUGACGCGCGUCUUCAGUGCCGAGACCCACGUCACGGAGACUCGAACAAUAACGGAGCGACCACUGGCCAGCGAGUCCGCGGACAAUCAAGCAGGUCAACUCGUCACCGCCGAGCUUGCCAGGGCCCGAGAGGACUGCCGCAGGCGCGUCCGCGAGCUCGCCGCGGAAUGUCGCGCAGGGAACAGGAGAUUCCGCGACCUCGACUUCGACCUCGAGGAAGACCGCCAGCGCUGCCUUCACGGCUGCACUCGUCCUGACCCACCUUUCAAGCCCUCCGACGUCCAGCGCGUUACCCAGAUCUUCGACCAGCCGCGCUUCUUCUCCGACGCGGGACCGAACUCGGGCGAUAUCAUCCAGAGCGAGGCGCUGGGGAACUGCUGGUUCUUGUCUGCGCUGUCGACGUGCGCGGCGAUGGAGGGGCUGGUGGACAGGUUUUGUGUGGAGCGCGACGAAGCGGUCGGGAUUUAUGGCUUCAUUAUCUUCAGGGACAAUGCGUGGAUGCCGGUCAUCAUCGACGACCUGCUGUACACCUGCAUUCCCAAGUUCGAAGACCUGACGGCCGCCGAGAAGGCACUCUACCACAACGACCUCGAGACAUACAAUCGGUCAGCAAGGAAAGGCGGAGGUACUCUCUACUUCGCCCGCUCUGGUCAACAAGGCGAGACCUGGGUCCCGCUCCUCGAGAAAGCGUACGCGAAGCUGCACGGCGACUAUGCGUCGCUGGUUGCAGGAUGGGACGGCGAGGCGGUGGAGGAUCUGACUGGCGGCGUCGCUGGUAUCGUGCAGAUCAAGGACAUCCUCGACCCCGACCACUUCUGGACGCACGAGCUCCUCCGCGCCAACAAGGAUCGCUUAUUCGCAUGCUCCUUCGCAGACGAUGCAAAUCUCGCACCCAACACCGCCCUCAAAUCCACCGGCCUCUUAGCCUUCCACUCCUACUCCGUCCUCCGCGCCGUCGAGGCGCGCGGCAAGCGCUUCCUUGUCCUGCGCAACCCGUGGGGCGGCGGCGGCGGCGUCUCCGGGGGAAGCGGUGGCUGGGCUGGGCCCUGGUCGAACGGGUCGAGGGAGUGGACGCAGGAGUGGCUCGGGAUCUUGCCGGUGCUGAAGCAUAGCUUUGGGGACGAUGGGCGGUUUGUAAUGGAGUACAAAGACUUCCUCGAAUUCUUUGGACGCAUGGAUAGGACGCUACUAUUCGACUCGCGAUGGGUCAUGGCGUCACAUUGGGUCUUCUUGACGUCCACGCCAUCGCCGUGGACGUCUUCGUAUGGUGAUGUGUCGUUCACCAUCACCAUUCCCGCCAAGACCCGCGCCGUCAUCGUCCUCUCCCGCGUCAACGAACGAUACUGGAUGGACCUGCGUGGAUGUUACGAGUGGAAUAUCGACUUCAAGCUGUAUAAGAGGGGCUCAAAGAAGUGCAUCGGCCGCUCGGUGCACUCGUCGUCCUGGAAGAAGAGCGUUAGCUUGGAGACGGAGCUCGAUGAGGGCGAGUAUGUCGUGCAUGUGAGUGUCCACUCGCUUUCCUACUGA